AAUGAGAAUAGAUCAGGAGAGAAUUAGUAUCAAAGAAGAAGACGAAGAAUCUCCAACUCCAAGCAACGCCUUCAUACACCGCCACCGCCACCGCUGCUGCUUUCAUUUCCCUUGCUUUUACUCUUCUCCAUCAUCCACCACCACCCAUCAUAUCAUCACCCUUGGUGAGGGUGAGAGGUCAACUACUUCCUCCUCGUUUUGGGACCGUUUCCGCUCCCGUGAGGCUGAGAAUCGUUGGUGGGCUCGCCCUUUUUGGGCCUUGAAGAAGGUUCGUGAAUGGUCCGAGAUUGUCGCUGGGCCCAAGUGGAAGACCUUCAUCCGCCGCUUUAAUCGCCGCCGCCAUAACCAACGUCAUCAGUUCCAGUAUGAUCCACUGAGUUACGCCCUUAAUUUCGAUGAAGGGCAAAACGAUCAUUUCGAGGAAAGCGUUGCUCUUCAAUUUCCCGAUUUCUCUUCUCGGUUUGUCGCCGCUUCAUCCAAAUCGCCAACACCAACAGAAUCAGCAAAAGACUUCAGUAACGGUGCGCCGGCGUGCUAAUUUGCGCUUCUCUUGGUGUGCCAGACUGGCAUACGUGAAACGACAAUAGCCGGAAAGUGACUCGACAUCAAUUCAUAUUUGACUUUUGAUUGAACACAGCUGGCGUUUUCUUUCCCAGUUAUUUUUUACUUCUAAUUUUUGCAUGUAAUUUAUUUUGUCUAUAUAUGGUGAAGUACUUCAUGUAAUUUACUCGUCAUACUAAAGAAUAAAAAUAUCGUUUCCUGCAAACAAAGAACCGCACGUUAGAUUUGGAUAGGCAUUAAUAAAGCGGUGGAGGGUGAGAAUACUAAGCAUCAGUCAUGGCAGCUCGAAGGAUUUCUUCUCUGCUUUCUCGUUCUUUGUCUUCGUCACUUCCUUUCUCUGUUCGCCCCAAAGGAUAUAGCACUGCUGCUGCACUAGAAAAUCCUAUUAUUCCGAAUGUGGAAAUUAAGCAUACCCAACUGCUCAUCAAUGGAGAGUUUGUUGAUGCUGCAUCAGGUAAGACAUUUCCUACAUAUGAUCCUCGGACUGGAGAAGUGAUAGCCCAUGUUGCGGAAGGAGAUGCCCAAGAUAUUAACCUUGCUGUAGCUGCUGCUCGAAAAGCUUUUGAUGAGGGUCCAUGGCCUAAAAUGACAGCUUAUGAGAGGGCACGGAUCAUUCUGAGAUUUGCUGAUUUGGUUGAGCAACACAGUGAGGAGCUUGCAGCUUUGGAGACUUGGAAUAAUGGGAAAACUUUUCAACAGGCCUCGAAAGCUGAGCUUCCAAUGUUUGUCCGCAAAUUUCACUACUAUGCUGGUUGGGCAGAUAAAAUCCAUGGGUUGACUGUUCCUGCUGAUGGUCCGUACCACGUGCAAACAUUGCACGAACCAAUUGGUGUAGCAGGGCAAAUCAUUCCAUGGAACUUUCCUCUUAUCAUGUUCGCUUGGAAAGUUGGCCCUGCCCUGGCUUGUGGCAACACUAUUGUCCUGAAGACCGCCGAGCAGACUCCCUUGACUGCACUUUAUGUUGGGAAACUUUUUCAUGAGGCUGGUCUUCCUCCGGGUGUUUUGAAUAUAGUUUCUGGGUAUGGUCCAUCAGCUGGUGCAGCGCUUGCUAGUCACAUGGAUGUCGACAAGAUUGCUUUCACGGGAUCUACUGAAACUGGAAAGACUGUUCUAGAACUUGCAGCAAAGAGCAAUCUUAAACCAGCAACUUUGGAGCUUGGAGGAAAAUCACCUUUCAUUGUAUGUGAAGAUGCUGAUGUCGAUAAAGCAGUGGAACUCGCACAUUUUGCUCUCUUCUUUAACCAGGGUCAAUGUUGCUGUGCUGGUUCCCGCACUUAUGUGCACGAGAGUGUGUAUGAUGAAUUUGUUGAAAAAGCAACUCAGCGUGCCAAGAGACGUACUGUUGGAGAUCCCUUUAAGAGUGGAAUUGAACAAGGUCCUCAGAUAGACACAGAACAAUUUCAGAAAGUUUUGAGGUACCUAAAGUCAGGUAUGGAGAGCAAUGCCAAGCUCGAGUGUGGAGGUGAUAGACUCGGAUCUAAAGGUUUCUUUAUCCAGCCCACUGUCUUCUCAAAUGUUCAGGAUGACAUGCUGAUUGCGCAGGAUGAGAUAUUUGGCCCAGUGCAGUCUAUCUUAAAAUUCAAGGACCUUGAUGAGGUGAUCCAGAGGGCAAACACCACAAAGUACGGCCUAGCAGCCGGAGUAUUUACUCAAAAUCUUAACACUGCUAACACUCUGUCGCGGGCGUUGAGGGCUGGAACUGUGUGGGUUAAUUGCUUUGAUGUUUUCGACGCUGCAAUUCCAUUUGGUGGGUACAAGAUGAGUGGUAUUGGCAGGGAGAAGAGUGUUUACAGUCUCAACAAUUACUUGCAGGUGAAAGCUGUAGUCACUCCGCUCAAAAAUCCUGCUUGGUUGUAAUUAGUAACUGGAAAGUUCGUUUAAAGCAAAGUCUAUACACUCGCUUAGUGAGGAAUGAUAGACAGGAAAUACAUACUACACAUAAAAUUGUGUUUCCCAUAUGCCUGUAUUAUAUACCAGACGUUGUCUUGUUGAAAUUUUAAUGCAAUCACUUGGUUUUUAUU